AUGGCGGAAGGUCGUGUCUACAACUUCUCCGCGGGGCCCUCGGCGAUGCCUUUGGAGGUGCUGGAAGAGGUCCAGCGAGAAAUGGUGAACUACAAGGGCUCGGGGAUGAGCGUGAUGGAAAUGUCCCAUCGGUCGAAGGAGUUCAUGGCCAUUGCGGCUGAGGCGGAGAAGAACUUGAGGGAUAUCUUCGCAGUUCCCAGCGAUUACAAGGUGCUCAUGAUGCAGGGAGGCGCCACUCUGCAAUUCUCAAGCAUCCCAUUGAACAUGUUGGGAAGCAAGACCAAGGCCGAUUACCUCGUCACGGGACAAUGGGGUGAGAAGGCUCACAAGGAGUGCAACAAAUAUGGCACUGGCCAGUUGGCCUGCAAUACCAAGAGCACCAAGUUCACCACCAUUCCUCCCAAGUCGGAGUGGAAGUUGGACGCCGAGGCUGCAUAUGUGCACUACUGUGCCAAUGAGACAGUGAACGGCGUUGAGUUCAGUUACACACCUGAGGUGGGUGAGGUGCCACUGGUGGCUGACAUGUCAUCCAACUUUUGCUCCAAGCCGAUCGAGGUGAGCAAGCAUGCUUUCAUUUAUGCGGGGAUUCAGAAGAAUUUGGGUCCCGCUGGCAUGUCUGUGGGGUUUCUUCGCCCAGACUUUGCUGAUGGAAGCAAGGAGUCGAAGAUUUGCCCAACCUAUUGCAGCUUCAAGACCACCGGGGACAAUGGCUCCAUGUACAACACGCCUGCAUGCUUCACCUUGUACGUCAUGGGCGAAUACCUGAAGUACACCAAAAAGGUGGGUGGCCUUGCCUACUGGGCCGAGAUGUCCGAUAAGAAGAGCAACUUGCUCUAUGGCACCAUCGACGGCUCCAGCGGCUUUUACAAUUGCCCGGUGGAGAAGAGUGCCAGGUCUCGCAUGAAUGUGCCCUUCACCAUCAAUGGAGGUGACGAGGCAAUGGAGAAGAAGUUUCUGGACGAGGCCAAGAAGCAUAAGCUCUACACUUUGGCAGGCCAUCGCUCCGUGGGCGGUUGCCGAGCGUCCUUGUACAACGGACUGCCUCUGGAGGGUGUGGCCAAGCUCACCGACUUCAUGAAGUCCUUCAUGGAUGAGAACCGAAAGUCCUUCACUGGCGCCGUGGUGGACAAUGCCGCUGUCUGCGCUUUGCCACGCCGCACCGGCCGAACCACGCUCCGUGCUGGCACCAAGUUGAGCGAGGGGCCAUUCAUUGAGACUGAGACCUACCCAAAGGAGAUGGAGAUGUCAGCUUCUGUGCCCUUCCUGCGCUACCCACAGGUGUUGAAGGGCUGGGUCGGUGAGGAGAAGGGCUUCGACCCUUUGGGCGUCACCGACGCUCUCCCCGUCUAUUGGGUGCGUGAAGCGGAGCUCAAGCACGGACGCGUCUGCAUGCUGGCCACCGUAGGCUGGAUUGCCACCGACAUGGGCUUCCGCUUCCCAGGCGACAAGUUCCAGGCCGUGUCCAAUGCCUUUGAGGUGAACCGUGAUGCUGGGGACUUCUUUGUCGGCAAGAAUUUCUUGCCCAAGGAGCCUGCGAAGGAGAAGGACAUGCGCUUGAAGGAGCUGGGAACAGCUGUUUACUCUUUGCAAACCGAAUUAAGACUACCCAGACUACCCAGAUGGAUGUGA